UCUCGGCUGCCUUCUUUCCAAGCGGCGACGGUAGGGGAGCGGCGCCGCCUUCUUCGUUGGACGCUUCGCCGGCCGACAAGUUUCGCGGAGCGGUUCUGAUAAUGUGGAAGCAGUAGUGUGCUUUCUGCCCCCAUUGCCCCUCUUUUGCACCAUCGGUGGUAUGAAUUAGUCGAAGCAUCAGUGGUAUGAAUUGGUGGAAGCAUCAGUAGUGUGAAUUGGUGGAACCACAGGGUGGUUGCAAGAGCUGAAACAUUUGGUUUCCAAAACCAUUUUUGUGAUCUGUGAAUUACUCCAUGUGAACUAUUACUGGUUGAUGUUCAUAUUAAUAUGAUACAGGGAAAAGUGUUUUGUGUGACACUACCAAAACUUGAAAAUGAACAAGGGCAAGAUUUUUAAGUUAGCUAAGGGAUUCAGAGGAAGGGCAAAAAACUGUAUAAGGAUAGCAAGGGAGAGGGUGGAAAAGGCACUGCAGUAUUCAUACAGGGAUAGGCGCAACAAGAAGAGGGACAUGCGAUCUCUUUGGAUUGAGCGCAUCAAUGCUGGUACACGCCUUCAUGGGGUGAACUAUGGCAACUUCAUGCAUGGAUUGAUGAAGGAGAAUAUCCAACUUAACAGGAAGGUUCUCUCUGAGCUGUCCAUGCAUGAGCCAUACAGCUUCAAGGCUCUUGUCGAUGUAUCUCGCAAUGCAUUUCCUGGGAACAGGCCUGUUCCUGCUAGGAAGGAGGGGCUAGCAAGCAUUCUGUAACCGUUUCUUGCCCAAUAAUCAAGCUUGACGGCUACAUCUUCAUCUGAAAGUAACCUUUUGUCUUGUGACGUCGUGAAGAGCUUGUCUGUUUGACGACCUGCCGGACAGACAAUCGUAGUACAUGUUUUGGACCCCAUGCCAACUACUUUUAGUUUUCUGAAAAAUGUGUUCCCUUUACUCUUGAAAAACUUUGGAAGAAUUAAUUACUGGUCAGGUUUUCUACUUCAUUGGCAAGCUUAUAAACUGCUACCAUGAGAGCAGAGUAAGUAACCACUCAUUUUCAAGCA